UCGUCGGUGAAACGUGUUAACCUGCUAACUCCACUUACAGGUCAAAAUGCGAUUUUUGUUGUGUUAAAAAAAGAAAAAAAUACUCCACGACUAUGAAAAGCAGCCACCUCCUUUAAAAUUGAAAGAAUAUGUCAUCUCUUUACCAGAAAUACGUAGCGAGGAAAACAUUCCGGAAAAAGUCAUUCCCAAUAUAAGAACACAUGACUUAAAUUUAGAAGAAAUUUCUAAUGACAGUGACACAGACAUGAACCAGGCACUGGUACCUUAUUCAGAAACUUCUGAUUCGGAUUCAUCAGAUUCGAAUUAUCCAAAAAAAUGUAAGAGGCGUAAAAGAGGACUGCAAGUUAAUAAAGAAAAUUGGUUUGCUGUAAAAAACAAAAGGCUCAGGGAAAAGGGUCAAUCAUACCUUGGUCGCAUAAAAACUGACGGAAAGUGGAAUUACGAAAAACCUCAAAGACCUAAACAGAUGAAGAUAAGAUGUAGUUGUCAAAAUAAAGAAAAAAGUGUAAUGAAAUGUGCCAUAAUAACUGAAGAUGAUAGAAAAAAAGUAUUUAAUCACUUCUGGACAGACCUUACGUGGGGAGAAAAGAAAGUGUACAUCGACAAUGCAGUAACAAUUUUUACAACAAAACGACAUCGCGAUAGAAAAGAAGAAAAUAAAUCUAGAAGAUCUCAAUCACUAUGUUACUACUUAAGGAUUGACGGUAAUAAUGUACGGGUCUGUAAAACAAUGUUUUUAAAUACUCUGGCUAUUGGAAGGUGGACAGUUCUGAACUGGAAGAACAAUUUUAAAAUUAGCAAGAUUUCAAGUAACUUAAGAGAAUUAAAAAAUGAUCGCGCGGAACCAUUUAAGUCUAAGAAAGAAAAGUUAAAUGAGUUUUUAGAUUCUCUUCCAGUCAUGGAUUCCCAUUAUUGUAGAGCAUCUUCUAGCAAAAAAUAUUUAUUACCGGAAUGGCCAUCUAAAAAUGCACUUUACAACUUUUAUGUAUCAGAUUGGUGCAAAUCACAUAGUAUUGAACCACUAUCAAGAACAAAUUUUAAUGAUGCUUUUAAAAUGAGGAACAUGGCUUUGUUUAGACCCAAAAAAGAUGAAUGCGAAAAAUGUGCAUCAUAUAAAGUUGAAACAGUUACAGAAGAAGACUAUCAAUUGCAUAUGGUUAGGAAAAAAGAGGCACGGUUGGAGAAAGAUAAAGACAAAAAAGAGCAUAGUUUCGUAUUCACGGCAGAUAUGCAAGCUGUUUUCAUGGCGCCCAAGUCACAAGUCUCUACAUUAUAUUAUCGCACAAAACUGCAGGUUCAUAACAUGUGUUUUUAUAAUUUAAGAAAUAAUGAUGGGUUCUGUUUUCUGUGGAACGAGACCGAGGGCGGCCUUAACUCAGAAGAAUUUGCUUCCAUUUGGGUUUGCUUUCUGCAAGAAAAAAUAUUGCCAACUAUCGAUACUAAAAAUAACGAAAUAAUUAUCUACAGUGAUGGUUGCUGUUACCAAAACCGCAACCCUAUCCUUGCAAACUCGCUUUUGAACUUGGCCGUUACAAAAAGCAUAACAAUAGUACAAAAGUAUUUAGAAGUUGGUCAUACCCAAAUGGAAGCAGAUAGCAUAUAG